AUGGAACCGCGCCGAGCGCCGGAAUACAUUAUAGAAGUCUUCGCAGAUCCGUCCUCCGUCAAAGAUGUUGUGCGAGGUAUCUUACAUACGAUAUUUUUCCACCGAUUCUUCCCCUCGAUCCGACCGAAGACUCGCGAUGUUCUCGACCUAACUCUACCUCUUGUUGAAGAUGUUGAGUUGGAGACGUUGAUCGAUCAGCGAACUGCGACCCUUGUGAGACAGUUAGACACGAGCUCAGACAUGGGUGGGCGCAACACCGGGGUGAGGGGAUUGAUGGCUGUUCAGUUUUUUGAGAAGAAGAGAAGGAAGGCUUGGUUUACGAAAGCAGAGGAAGAGGUUUGCUGGGAGCAGUGGACUCUCGAUGUUACUCUGGCAACUCCGCGCACAGAAAACGAACGGGCCAAGGUCCGAAGCGCUAUGGAAGCCAUGCUGUUGAAAGCCGCAAUGAAGAUUGUGACCACUGUCAACAGAGAGAAGGAUCACAUCCCCCCGAUCACCACCAGCGAGGCAAAUCCGUUCCCAUACCAGAUUGUCAUCAAUCCUAAGGGAGAUGGAUGGGGAACCCGCAUGGGAAUAUUCUAG